AUGUUUCUUCGGUCAAUUGGCUACCUGCUGACUGCGUUUGUACUGUGCUCCAUCGGGGUGUUGGCUUCAGGAAGCGCAUACGCGCCAGUGGCCUUGAUGCUGCCUUCUUUCACGAAAGAAUGCCUGUACUUCGAUUUGACCUCUCACGAAGAUGCGGUGGUCAUGAGUUAUCAAGUGCUCACGGGUGGCAACUUCGAAAUCGAUUUUGAGAUCACGUCGCCAGACGGGCAUGUUAUUGUGACCGAAAAGCAGAAGAAGUACUCGGACUUUUUGCUGAAAUCGUUCGGUUUGGGCCAAUACUCAUUCUGCUUUUCCAACAGCUACGGCACCGCUUUGAAAAAAGUCGAAGUGACUUUGGAAUUGGAGAAGGAAUCUCUGGGCGCCAAUUCUGCCCCCGAGGACGCUCUUUCCAGCCAUUCGAUUGAAGAAAUUGAGAGAAACUUAUCUAAGAUCAGCAGAAUGAUGGAUUACCUUAGAGCCAGAGAAUGGAGAAACAUGGACACCGUGAAGUCCACUGAGAGUAGGCUAGUGUGGAUGUCCAUGUUGAUCAUGGGGCUGAUGGUCGGCAUCAGCGUCAUUCAAGCUACAAUUGUGCAGUUCUUGUUUAAGGACCGCCAGAAGAACUACGUUUAA